UUUAGUCUCGCCCGUUUCUGACUCUGGUCCACGUAGUGCUAGCAAGCUAGCAAGAAUUGUAUGUGAUCAUAAACAUAAGUCAUGCUUGCAAGCGUUUAAGCUCCUUUAUUCAGCGACCAGUAACCUGCCUAGUUAUCGAAGGAAAUCAUCAGAAACUAUCUAUCAAGUUGGCUUUCUUCAAGUUAUGUGACUAUGUUGUGGAGUGCAUGGGAUGAUGCACUGUUGUGAUGUAUCUUGUGUUUGUUGCAACCAGACAAACGUUACAAUGUGUCGGGACGUCCACAAAAGGUCGCUCUGAAUCAAAGGGCUCGCUCGCCACACAGUUAGACGCAGUUUGUGCUGGAGAGCCGGCGUCUAAUGAGUCCGUCCACAAUAGAUCACGGCCAACAGCAAGGCCAAUCCCAAAGGCAGCUGGAGAAGAUCAGAGAGCCUCCAAAAGAACGGCUACUAGAUCACCGAAAGCGAAGUUGAAUGGGACUGGAGAGCAUGCAAUAUCCCCAGUUCAACUCCAUAAAGAUGAGACAGAGAAUGGUUGUGGAACAGUCAAACAGCCUGGCUCUAAGGUUCAGCCUCAGUCUCCUGUUUUAGCUGGGUCAGCAUGUGAUGCUGGUGCACCAAGGCUGGCGUGCCCAGCCCUGCGGCCGUCGGCCGUGUUAGAGGAGUCAGAAGAGCAGGGGGGUGCAGCAGGGGCUCCUUUAGCCUCGCGGCCCGUGCGAGGGAUGUGUCCUCGUAGUGGUGACACUUCCGACUUCCAGGCCGGACUUCAGAGAGAUCAAAGCCCAAGUGAGGAGGAGGAAGAGGAGUGUGGUGAUGAGGAUGAGAGGCCUGCACGCGAUGCUCCGUUAGAGCUUCUGGCUGAGUUCUUGAGAGCUGUGAUGGCGAAAGACUACCCUCUGUCUCAGAAACUCUGUCAGAUGAUUCUCAUUUAUGAGCCAGAAAACCCAGAGGCCAAACUAUUCCUGCCACUUAUUGAGGAGAGGUUACUGAUGGGUAAGUCAGAAGGACAAAUCAUACUUUCUCUCUCUCUCACUGUAGAUCUAAUCAUUCUGAGCUUUGUAAUAAAGGGUCUUUUAACUCUAUAUAGUUUUUUAAAUGUUUAGUUUUGAUAGUCCCACUAUCAUUUUAUUCUGCUCCUCUGACUGUAUCGUGUAGCUUGAAAAUUGAGUGAUUUACAUUUUUAUUAGAAAAUUAAAAGAUUGUGUUUUCCCCUCUUUUCUCAUAUUUUAAUCAUCCCUCUUUUUUUACUGAUCCCGAGAGCUGCAUGGCUAUUAAUGGUCUUUAACCAUGCAAAAUUGAUAAUUGCUUUCUCAAUGUUAUAAGUUAUAGGCAGAUUAAAAGUUGAUUAAUUGCCUCAUUUUGUUUUUACAUGUAAAUCGGUGAUAUAAAAUGGAAAAAAAAGAAAAAACUUAAGAGCACAGGAUUAAUAUUAAGUGUAAUGAAGUACUUACUUACAACAAAGAUAAUGGCAAGCAUGUAAUAUUUUAAAGGGAUUUUAUGUGCCACAUCGUCCCAGUUACAGCACCUAAGUCAUCCAUGGCUGGGAACUACUCUGUGUUACCAUUUAUUAUUGUGCGGCUUUGUAUGGAGAAGAUUGAGGUUAUUAGCAAGUUCUAUUGCUAACUUGAUGUCUUUGAAUUGUU